AUGCUCUAUUAUUAUCUUCCUUAUCUUAAUUGUCCAAAAGGUUUGAGUUUAAUUCAGAUUGAGCUUGAUUAUGAUGACUUUAUAGCCAUUGUAUAUGAAUGUGGUUGUGAAAUCCCAAUGUAUGUAAACCAUUUUCAUAAUACUAACAUACAUGAGUGGUUGGAUGAAGAAUCAGAUGAAGUACUUGAUAAUAUACAGGAAGAAGUGUUUGAUGAUAAACAUGUUGAUGUUGAAAUAGGUGUGACAUGGCGUGGGGAUGAUAAUAGCAACUCUUUUUUUUUCAAAAAUGACAAUGGCCUAGAUUUUGAUAUGUGUGAGAAUGUAGGUCAAGUUAAGCAUGUUGAUGAGGACAUGGGUAAGAAUGAAAUUGUUGAUGCUCAUGUUGAUUUGCCAAGUAUUUUCAAUGAAGGUGUACACUAG